CUCCAAAUUGGGACUCUAGCCCUUUAAAUCUGCUCAGUUACCAAAAAAGAAGAGGCAUCAGACCCUGUUAAUUAAAGCUCGCCCUGGUCCAUCAUUCUGAGGAGCUGCAGUGCUCUGCUCCUUCCUGAUGGCUUAGAGAUUCUCCUAACUCCCAGCCAUGGAUCUUGGAGAAUUCCCCCCGAGCUCAGCAGGAGAGUUGCUGUCUCGGCUGAUGCUCCCUUGAUGCGCACACACGUCUCUCUGACAGCGUCGCCCUGGACCCCCGAUGCGGCUGCCCGAGCAACCUGGAGAGGGGAAGCCUGAGAAUGAGGAAAAGGGGGACACAGGAGCUCCCCGAGGGGGAGAGGAGCCGCCGAGGAGCCGGGCCCCCGACUUCCCCACUUGGCAAAAGAUGCCCUUCCACCACGUGACCGCGGGCCUGCUUUACAAGGGCAAUUACCUCAACCGGUCGCUCUCUGCCGGCAGCGAUAGCGAGCAGCUCGCCAACAUCUCUGUGGAGGAGCUGGACGAAAUCCGAGAGGCCUUUCGGGUACUGGACCGAGAUGGGAACGGCUUCAUCUCUAAGCAGGAGCUGGGGAUGGCCAUGCGCUCCCUGGGGUACAUGCCUAGUGAGGUGGAGCUGGCCAUUAUCAUGCAGCGUCUGGACAUGGACGGGGAUGGCCAGGUGGAUUUCGAUGAAUUCAUGACAAUUCUUGGCCCUAAACUGGUGUCUUCAGAAGGUCGUGAUGGUUUUCUUGGAAACACAAUAGAUAGCAUAUUCUGGCAGUUUGACAUGCAAAGGAUAACUCUGGAAGAGCUGAAGCACAUCCUCUACCACGCCUUCCGAGACCACUUAACGAUGAAGGACAUCGAGAACAUCAUCAUCAAUGAGGAGGAGAGUCUGAACGAGACGUCAGGGAACUGCCAGACAGAGUUUGAGGGAGUGCAUUCCCAGAAGCAGAACAGGCAGACGUGCGUGCGGAAGAGCCUCAUCUGCGCCUUCGCCAUGGCCUUCAUCAUUAGCGUCAUGCUGAUCGCGGCCAACCAGAUCCUGCGGAGCGGCAUGGAGUAGCGCAGCUCCCGCCCCCGGCCCCCGCAUGUGCAUGCCCGCGGGCAGACUCUUCCUCCACGACGCCGAGCAGGACCCUGCGCACCUGGCAGCGCUCAGCCCAGACCCCGACGACGACGUUGCAGGGCUCCCCCCGGUGUUGCAAAUCCACUUCAUUUCCUUGGCAGGGACUCCAAAGGGCUGUCUUCGAUGCUUUACUGGUCUCGUUUCCUAAUGCAAUAAUAGCCAGGAGGCGGCAGGCGGUCCACCCUCCC